AUGUACAGAACUAAGCAUCACUGCACUUCUCUUGGUGGAAAUCUGGCCUCAAUCCAAACUUCGGAGGAGUACACCUUCAUCAGAGACAUGAUUAAAAAAACAACAAAAUCACAUAAAGAGACUUGGGUUGGAGGCUAUGAUGCCCCGAAGGAGGGUGUGUGGCUGUGGAGUGAUGGUUCACAGUUUGUGUUUACUGACUGGGCUAGAGGAGAGCCGAACAAUCGCUGGGGUGAAGAUUGUAUGGAAAUUAACUUUAGAGGGAGAGAUUACAUCAAUGAUGCAGAUUGUCGCCUUGAGAAAUGUUUAGUUUGUGCCAUGGAUCCAUAACAGACCUCUCCAUCUGCCAACAAAUCCUCAGCGUCAUCUUCCACCAGGAUGCCAAGCCUCGAUGGCGUCACUGCUGGAGGAUAUUUUGACCAAUUUUAC